AUGGUUGCCGGUGAGCGAAGUAUGGGUCGUUCAGUCGUGGACACGAUGGAUGGAUGGUUCAUCUUGAAAUGUCUGCCGUUUAUGCUGCUGAUUUUGGUGUCUCUGUUCUGCGACACGUCAUCCCAGACAGGGUAUACAGUGGAGCUAUCCAGAUCCAACUUUGACCAAGUCAUCGGCUCCAACGAAGUAGUGUUCAUAAACUUUUAUGCCAACUGGUGUCGUUUCAGUCAGAUGUUGAAGCCAGUGAUUGAAGACACCGCCAAGGCAGCGAGGGAGGAGUUUAGGCAACAGGGCCUGGUGGUUGUGGCGGCGUUGAACUGCGAAGCUGAAGAUGCGAUAGCUAAACGGUACCACAUCUCCAAGUACCCGACCCUGAAGAUGUUCCGCAACGGCAAGCUAGCCAAGCGAGAAUACCGCUCCCAGAGAUCCAAGGAUGCCUUCCUGAGCUUUCUGAGGGAGCAAGUCAAAGACAACAUCCUCCAGAUGCAGACGAAGGAAGACAUUCAAAAAGUCGAUGAAACGAAGCGUAACGUCAUUGCAUACUUCAAGUCAUCCAACACCAAUGAGUACAUGGUUUUCAAACGGGUCGCCAGCGCCCUACGCGACGACUGCUCUUUCUAUGUUGGAAUUGGUGACAACUUUAGGUCAGAAACCGUUUCUGGCGAUAACAUCAUGUUCAGACCACCUAGGACCAAAGACCAAGACAUGCUUUAUAUGGGCUCCAUGGUGAACUUUAACCUUCUUCACACAUGGUCCCAGGAUAAGUGUAUCCCACUGGUACGAGAGAUCACAUUUGAAAAUGGAGAGGAAUUGACAGAGGAAGGAUUGCCGUUCCUGAUCCUGUUCCACAGACCUGAGGAUGUCGAGAUUGUCAAACGAUUCAACGGCAUCAUCAGCAGAGAGCUAGUUGGGGACAAGGGAAGCAUCAACUUCUUGACGGCAGAUGGCACCAAGUUCUCCCACCCACUGCAUCAUCUAGGCAAGAGUGUCAAGGACCUGCCUCUGAUUGCCAUCGAUAGCUUCAGGCACAUGUACCUGCUCCCUAAUAUAGAAGACGUGGAUGUUCCGGGAAAACUGAAGUCGUUCAUACAAGACCUCCACUCAGGGAAACUUCACCGGGAAUUCCACCAUGGACCGGACAAGGAAACCCCCCAGGCCACGGUCCAACUCACGGCCGGAGGCCAGGCCCAGGCCCAGGACAAGAAACGCCCGACUGACCCCCCAGAGAGUACCUUUGUCAAACUCAAACCCAGCGAUAAUCGUUACUCAUUCAGAGACGAGCUUUGAGGAUUUGUCCUCAAACGACGCUCGUUUAAUUACUGAAGGGAAAAUAAAAAGGUGUCAAAUGUACACAUUUUAGGGUUUUAGCAAAUUCAAAAAAAUGAUGUGGAAAUCGGAGAUAUUUUUAUCUGGGGUAGCUGUUUGAAAUUGUUUUGGGUGUAAUUAUCUUUAUAGUAAUUGGUGUCGUUUGACUUCCUUUGUAGUUUAGAUAGAGGUGAGUUUGAACAUGUAGGAGUAGGUUGUUGGCACUGCGUAUGUUGCACAAACUUUCUACCAAAUUUUAAUUCAUUGAAACAAGUGAUUUGGAUCUGUUCACGUGUUUUUGAAAAGAAUGGCUCUCUACAAGAACUGCAUGUUGCAAUGUCUUAACUACUUA